GAUACAGUUUUUACUUUUCGAAUGACAGAGAAGGCACCAUGAGUAUUAUAAUGCUUCAUGCGACGACCUGUGUUGUUCUGCUUACAGUGGCUUGGGGACUACCAUUUGUCUCUCAAGACGAAGAUAAUGAAUUUUUAGGACUUAAGAGGCUACCUUACCCAGCCAAUUGGCAUGCAGUUACAGUGUCUGAACAGAUGAAUGAAUACUGGUCAUUACUGCAGAGAUCAUCACAGUAUUCCAUGGACAUGGUCAGGGACUACAUUAGUUUUUACAAGAAUAUGUUAUGGCAACAGGAAGAGCAUCAGACUUGAUCUGUGACUCCCAAAUUUAUGUAUCUAUGUCCAUGGCAUUAAUCAACACGAUUCUUCCUGGAAUAUUGGUGCAUGAGACAAAUGCUAUUACGUAUAAUUGACAAGGAUCCAAUAUAAAUGUCUUUAUCCUGUUCCUGGAAUUGAUGAGGGUGUAGCAUGUGAAAAAAAUGCCCAGGCCUUCAGCUACAAUCCUGUACGAAAGAAAUUACUUUUAAGUUGUUAUGUAUAAAAUUCAAUGUCCAACAGGUCUUGCAUGGGAAAUAUACCUAUUGUCAUAUAUAAAUCAAAAGUAGUUGUUAUAACUUUUGAAUAUGAAAACUGUCCUAAUGAAUGUAAUAUUGAUUUUGGAAUCUUGUUCAUGAACUGGAUUAUUUUUAGGAAUUGUUCACAAUUUAGAGUUUAACUUGAAAUUGUCCACAUGCCAGAAGCAACAUGAGAGUGUAAAAUUAACAAAGCACUGCUGCUUGCUUCUGCAUUAUUUAAUCCCAGAGAAAUUAAAGGAAGUACACAACAUAGUCUUUACCUAUGAUUUUAUUUAUAAUUCCUUCAUUUUUAUGAACAUUUAAAAAUAACGUAUAUAUUGUAGCACUUGGCCUGUCCAGAUGCCUCAAUUUCAAAGCAAGAAGGAAUCUAUAUUCAAAACAUAUUCAUUUGUCACUGGAUCUUGACCUUAUCUUUCAAUGGUUAUAACUUUUUAAAGUAUCCUUCUUGAAUUUCAUUCACCUUACUUUAAUGCUCUUCCUGACAUACCAAAUUUUCCACUUCUGUAUAAUAAAGUGAGCAAAAAUAUCCUCUUAAAUACAGCCAUUUUUGCUUCUUUCAAGAACCAUUAAUUCCAUACUACAAACCUGAUGUUAACUAGAUUCUAGGAAGGGAGCUGUAUUAAACUAUGGAAGGAAAAAAAAAGAAAUGCUACAUGUUUUUAAAGACAUAAAUCUCUGUGGUUUGCAGUUCACAACAACUUUAAAAGAACUUUUUAAAAAUAUAUGUUGGAAAAUAUGCAACUGUAUAUUCCUGUUUUUAUUGUCUUAAUAUUUCUUCAUAUUCUGCCAAGGUAUAUACAUUUAUCUACUUUUUCUAGUUUUAACAUGCAUGUAUAACUUUUAAUUUCUCAUAUGUAUUUUCUCUGCCAAACAUGUUUGUCAUUCAUAAAUUAAUUUUUAGAUCCUU